GUGAACCACAUCUAGUACUCACUUUAACAUACAACUUGAUGCAUCCUUCAUUUCUACAUUUGACAGGUUAUGAUGGACCAGAACUUUUGCAUCAUACUGUGCAUCUUUUGUGUGUCUCAGUCUGUGAUGGCGUUUAACAUGGAUCCGUCUACCUGGAAAACCUUUACUGCACCAAAGAGUAAAUUCUUUGGCUACAAGGUUAUACAGAAGGAUGCAUCAAGUCUGGUCGUGAGUGAUCCUUUAUUUCAAACCAGUCAAAAUCAAAGAGGAUUGAUUUAUAGCUGUUCGGUCACAGAAGGAAGCUGCUCAUCACUGAACAUUAAUGUGCCCUCGGAAGCUGUCAACAUGUCUCUCGGACUUUCCGUUGUUCAAGAUCCACAAUCUUCAAAACUGGCUAUUUGUGGUCCAACCAUUCCAAAGAAAUGUGUAGCAGCUAUCAACUACAGAGGCAUGUGCUUUAUCUAUGAAAACAAUGAGUUUAAACCACCAAUACCGAGCCCUAAAUACAGAGACUGUCUUGGUCAGAUUGAUAUAGCCUUUCUUUUAGAUGGAUCUGGGAGUGUAAGGCUUGAAAAUUUUGUGACAAUGAAGGCUUUUGUGACAAAUGUGAUCAAGCGUUUUACUGAGCGGGAUGCACAGUUUGCCAUUGCACAGUAUUCCAGUCAUUGUGUUAUUCAUUACAAAUUCACUGAACUCAACAUUCAAGAUGCAUGGGAAUCUAAGGUGACAGAUAUACAGUACCAGUAUGGACGUAGCACUCAAACUUGGACAGCCAUCAUACAAGUUGUGAAAGACCUAUUUACACUACAUGGAGGGGCAAGACCAUCAGCAAAAAAAAUAUUGCUUGUUAUUACUGAUGGACAGUCACAUGACUGGUCUUUACGGGAAAAGGCAACAGCAGAUGCAAAUGCGAAGAACAUAAGACGAUUUGCGAUCGGAGUUGGCAGUGCUUUUGUUCAUGAAAGUGCAAAACAGGAGCUGAAUGACAUAGCUCCAGAUAUUGGUCACGUAUUCAGAGUCACAGACUUUGAUGCACUAAAUAAUAUUCUUCAAAAGCUGGAAGAGAACAUUAUUGCCAUUGAAGGAACUCAGACUUCAGGUGAUUCCUCUAGAAUGGAGUUCGCACAGGAUGGAUUUAGCACAGCUUUCACAUCCACUGGCAGUGUUUUAUUGAGUGCUGUGGGAGCUUUCCAGUGGAAAGGUGGAUAUGAGGAAUAUUUUCCUAAUGGCUCCUUUCAAACAGGCAAUGAGCAUGAAAGCUAUCUAGGUUAUUCGAUGGCUGUUGCAACAGUGUCAGGGACCAGCUAUGCUAUUCUAGGAGCUCCAAGAUACAAGCAUCAAGGACAAGUCAUCGUAUCAGAAAUCAGAACCAGUCAAGAUAAAGUGUUGGAGUUUCCCAGGCCUCAGAUUGGCUCAUAUUUUGGAGCUGAGGUUUGUGUGGUGGAUUUGAACAAUGACUUCAGUACAGACCUCCUGUUGGUAUCGGCACCAAUGUACAUGGAGCCUGACCGGGAGGGCAAAGCGUUUGUUUACACCUUUACGAGUCAGUUCAUUUUUUCUGGUGUGGUGCUGGUGGGAAUGGCAGGUCAGAGGGGUCGUUUUGGCUCUUCUCUGGCGAGUCCAGCAGAUCUGAAUGGUGAUGGUUUUUGGGAUGUGCUGAUUGGAGCGCCUUUGGAGGAGGAUGGACAGGGCAGCAUUUACAUCUUCAAUGGAGGAAAAGAUCAAAUAAAUCCCACAUAUUCACAGAGGAUCACUGGAUCAUCUGUGCGACCAGGUUUGCAGUUCUUUGGGAUUUCGUUGAGUAAGUUCUCUCUAGACCAGAGUAAGGACAGGCUACCUGAUAUUGCUGUUGGGUCCAUGGGAGAAGUUCAACUUCUCAGGUCCAGACCCAUCAUGUUCUUGAACACCAAAAUAACUUACAACCCAUCCAAAAUACCAACCAGUGUAACAGACUGCACAAAGCCAUUGCAUAACAUCCUGACUGUGUGCUUCAACAUGAGUGGAUUCAAACAUAGCCUAACAGAUCUGGCUGCAAAUAUUAAUUACACCAUAGUGCUGGAUGCCAAGCGACAGAAAUAUCGAGCAUAUUUCACAAUAAAAAACCGCCUUCACAAUGAUGUGAUGAACAUAACAUUGCAGGAGGCUUGCAGAAAUCAUGCUUUCCUUAUAGAGGCUUGUCCAGAAGAUGCUCUGAACCCACUGUCCAAUGAGUUAACGUUCACAUUUGAGGGUCUUCCAUCUACAUCUAGAACAAUGCAAAACUUGAGGCCAGUACUGCUGCCAGAGAUAAAGACCACCACGGACCACAAUCUAGAUUUUGAGAUAAACUGCGGAACUGAUAAUUCAUGUGUUGAUGACCUCAGAAUGGAUUUCAAUUUCUCGGGAUCUACAAACAUAGAGGUUGGGAUCAUGCAGGAGAUCAAUGUGACAGUGUUUGUAGAAAACAGAGGAGAAAACUCAUACAACACACUCUUCAUCCUCAGCUACCCCUUUGGACUUUCCUACAGGAGAAUCACAUCUAAACAGGGCAGAGUGGAGUGUGUGUCUCUGGAUGGUGUGCAAGGAGUUAAACUAGGAGAAACCAACUGCUACAUCAGUAAACCCAUCCUCAAGGACAACUCUCAG